AUGACCAGAAAUCGCAUCGAAUCCACACAACAAAUGAGCGUCCGCAAUCAACCGGGUCCCGUCCCUGCGAGCCCAUUGCCAUCCUCGGAAAACCACCAUGGAGAGGGCAAUCAUUCCAGCACAAAGAACCUUCCGUCAAUACGGCUGAUACCUCACCAAGACCCGCGCCCCGGCCGUCCCUCGCUGCAGUUCCCUACUAUGUCCCGCACCCUUCCGGACGAGACCUGCGUUAUCCGCGUCGGAAGAUACUCGGAAAGGGACAAUGCCCCUGAGAUAACUAGCAACGUCCCCUCCACGGCCCCAAUCGGCUUCAAGUCCAAAGUGGUGAGUAGGAAGCACUGCGAGCUGUGGUGCAACGAGUCGCAAUGGUACAUCAAAGACGUGGGGAGCUCGUCGGGCACCUUUUUGAACCGCAUCAGGCUAAGCCAGCCGAACCAAGAAUCGAAGCCCUUCGCGAUAAAGGAUGGCGACAUCAUUCAACUCGGCAUUGACUUCCGAGGAGGCGAGGAGAUGAUUUUCCGGUGCGUCAAGAUCAGGGUCGAGUGCAAUAGGGGCUGGCAGCGAAAUCUGAAUACUUUCAACAAGCAAACGCACCAGCGCCUCCGUAAUCUGGGGAAGAACCGGAAAGAAGCAGAUAGUGCCUCACAGCAUACAUCUGAAUGUGUCAUCUGCUUGAUGUCCAUUGCACCUUGUCAAUCCCUUUUUGUUGCCCCAUGUUCCCAUGUAUGGCAUUACAAAUGCAUUCGUCCCAUGUUGAACGGCCCUAACUAUCCAAAUUUCUUAUGCCCGAAUUGCCGGGCGGUCGCUGAUCUCGAGGCUGAAGUAGAGGAUAUAGACCUCGAAGAUUGGGACAACAGCCCCGAUCACAGCGAGGACCAAGGCGAAACUUCAAGAAAUGGCUUGUUGACCAAUGGUGAGGCGUCCAAGGAUACUUCCAAUGACCACGGCCUCGCGGAAUUAGCAGCAGCAAUGUCUAAUUAUACCAUCGAGGAGGGGUUCGGACAGGCUUCGUCAUCUGCUACGCCGCAGCGACAAGUACCGACGAUACAGCCUUCCUCCUCUACGCAGCCGGUCAAUGUCGGAGUCGGUGCGAGAGCCAACGUGAAUGGAUUAUCCCCAGACGCCGCGGGCCGUGAUCGGGCAGCGGACGGACCCCUGACGCCGAGAAACAAUGUGGGACCCUUUGUAUUCGAUGGUAGUGCAGGGCAAAUGCGUCGCCUGGAAGAUCAUGAACAUUACGAGCCCCUGACUAUCAACCUGACGAGCCCUUUCACGCACACCGGGCAAUCCUCACUAAAUGACGUGAGGUCCUUUAUACAGACGGAUUCGGACGAUCGGCAGCCGCUGGUCACGAGUGGGACGACGCCAGUGCAGAUCGAGUGA